AUAAUCACAGCGUGAGAGGAAGAGACGUGAGGCGGUGCUAUGAGUAGGAAGCAGAGGCAAGGAUGGGAAGAGAUUAGUGCUGUGCGCUGUGGGCUCAUCACUCAGUGAAAGGACACUCUGCAAACAACAAGAGCUCACAGCCGCAGGAGAACCGGGAAAGGUGCGAGUCUCACUUUAGAGAUAUAUUACACUCACUGGAAAAUGCUUUGGACUUUUCAGACAAGGAUAAAUUGUUUGAACAACUUCUAACUAUGGAUUGACAGCAAAGUGAGAACAGAAGAACCGGAUCUAAGAAGGUUCUGAGAGACUUUUUUUGGGGGCUUUCCUGUGUAUGUUGUGCUAAAAGAGUAGGUUAAUCAAUGUAAUACAUUCAUUUUAAAAACAUGUUGUAAUUGCAUACGGUUUUAUUUUUAGUCCGUUCCCUGCCCCAGAUACUGCCCAUCUGCAGGGUACAGAGAAAAUUAGAUAGCCAUCUGUGAAAUAUUGGAAGACAUGACAGAUGUAAAACGACCUUUGUAGGAUUUCAGAGCAGAGGGCUUCCUGUAUCAACUGUGCCGGCGCUGUUUCUAGUGUAAUCCUUUUUAUGUGCAACAAAAAGAAUGACUUUUACAUCUUGCGUGGUUUUGAUCUCACUCUUGGUUCGGCUCUCGGGGGCUAUUUGUCCUCAGGGCUGCCUGUGCGUCUCUGACGUAUUGAACUGUGGUUCCUCAGGUCUGGAUAGAUUCCCUAACCCGCUUCCAUUCACGACUUCUGUCCUGGACCUCAGUCAUAACAGACUAACAUGGCUGGCAGCCGGCAGCUUCUACGGGCUCCCAAGACUGCAAACUUUGCACAUGUCCCACAACCGCAUCUCCUUGCUCAGCCCGGGGGCAUUCCAUAACAUCAGCAGACUUCGAUACCUGGACCUCUCUUCCAACAAAUUGCAAGUGGUGGGGAAGUAUCACUUCCAGGACCUGCCAGCCUUGGAGGUGCUGUUGCUGUACAACAAUCGUCUAACCCGCGUGGAGAGCAACACCCUAAUGGGACUCGGCAGCCUGAGGAAGGUUUACUUCAGCCUCAACCAGAUCACAGAUUUCCCGUUCUUCUCGAUUGGGAAGCACAGCCACCCCGACCUGGUUACACUGGACCUCUCCUCAAACCGCCUGUUUCGUUUGCCUAUAGAUGACAUUGUAGUGUUGCCCGCUGCAGUGCAAAGAGGCCUGUUCCUGCACAACAACAGUCUGGAGUGCGAUUGCUCUAUGUACCGCAUGUUUUGGCACUGGGAGCUGAAGGGAUAUCCAAGCGUGGACGACUACAAGGAUGACUACAAGUGUCUGAUGUACGGUGAGCCUCAGAUCUCAAUCAACUUUCUGCGCUCUUCGCACUUCUUUGAGAACUGUACGAUUGGAAAAAUGAUAUCCCUGAUAUCCCCGAAGGCUGAUAAAAUGGUUUCCGAGGGUGAACAAGUGAGGCUGGACUGCACUGGGACCCUAAACGGCGAAGACCUGUCUUACAGCUGGAUCACUCCGCAUCAAGAAAACAUCUCUCAGCUGAUCCAGAACGGAUCUCUGCGUCUCAAUCAAGAUGGCAGCUUGGACAUUCUAGCGGCCCAGUCCAUAGAUUCGGGGGUCUACCAGUGCACUGCUGUGGAUAACACGAGGAUGAUCAAUGAGUCCCGAGAAGUGAAUUUAACGGUGGUAGCCCAGCGCACGGAGGAGCCGUUCAACAUCGGCUACACCACUCUUCUGGGCUGUGUGGUAACGCUUGUCCUCAUACUGAUGUAUCUGUAUUUAACCCCGUGCCGUUGUGGUUGCUGCAAACCUCCUCCUUCCUCUCCGGCCAUCUCAACCUCUGGGGAAGACCGCUGCACUCUGGCGUCUAUCUUUGCAGCUCCUUCGACUGAUCGACUCAAGAGCAAGUCCCAGUCGGAAAGGCACGUAGUGUUCCUUGAGCCACUCCUGAUGGGGGAAAAUGGCCAUCCAUUUGUCGUUGAACAGUCUACAAUUGAAUGGGACACAGAAAACUUCAUAAUUGGAGAAAGAAAUGACUCGGAGUAGCAAAUCUGUGACGUCGAAAUCCUGCAAAAUUGCCUGUUUGAAUCAUAAGGACAAGUAUCACAAAUGAAUCUCUCAUAAUUCCCUAAUAAAUUAUUUAGAUCCUCAGAUUUAGAGUAUCUCCAGUCUCACAGUAUUAAGUGAUCCAUUUGUUAAUGCUGAAUGCGUGCGACUGUGCUCCUAGUGAUCCGCUGAAAAUCCAGUGCAGUGAAUUUAUCAUCUUUGAGACCCAAGAGCAUAUAUAUUGUAUUUGAAGGUUUGAAAGAAUCAAAAGUUUGCUCUGUAAAUCUUAACAAGAGACACUGACUGCUACGACAACAGCAAGGUGGCUCUAUUUAAGGUGGCUCUAAUGCAGUGUUUUAUUUGUGCAGAAAACAGUUAAAUCAGUGGUGCCUCCGACACAACUACAGAUGAUCUAUAAGAUGAGUGACCAACCACAAGCUCUUCUUGUCAGUUAAAAAAAAAAAGAAGGCAGUCAAAAACAUCUAAGUGCUGUUAAUUUGAUACAAUAAGCAGACAAUGACUUAAAGAGAGGACAACAGAAGGCCUUCUGGAUCCAUUGAAGACUGAGGUUUAAUCUCUUCAGUUGCGUCAUUGCCAUUAGAUAAAGCUAUUCCUUUAUGUCAAGAAAAUAUGAUGGUUACAUUUUUGUGGUGAACCAUUUCAGUAUGCAAAAAUAAAUGUUUUCUAUAGCCCACACCAAGCAAAUAACUCCACAACUCCAAGAAGAGACAUGAUAAGUGAUGAAGAAAAAGCAAAGGCAAUGUAGUGAUGUCUGUUUAUGUCUGAUAUUAUUCGUCCUCUCUGCACUUUGCAUUAAGCAAAUUGCUCUUUCAUUACAGGGACAUGCUUUGGGAGAGGAUUAACAGCCCUUCCAGAAUUUUCCCUCCCACACCAUGCACUGUAUGCAAACUAAAAGCAAAAUAUGAAAAUGAAAGAACACCACAGCAAAGGUACAGAGUUAAUCCACGCAGCCCAUAUCCAGAUGUGAUCAGAUUUAUCUGUGGCAACCCACUUUCACAUUCGUAAUACGUCGACAUGUGUCCCCUGGCUGUUCAUCUGUUGUGCCGCCCUGUCAAAUCAUGCUAUGUUAUCAGGUGUAUAAUAAAUACUUAAAAAAAAUCUCA